UUCCACCGCAGUUAGAGUUCCGGGUAGUGCGUGUGAGGCGGAGCUCGGCAGUUCCGUCUGCUUCAUCCGCAGCGUCUCCCUGUCUGUCUCGUUGCAUUCUCCAGAGAGGGACGGACUUCCUCUGUCAGAAAAAUGUCUGCUCCAGCUCAGCCACCCGCUGAAGGAACAGAAGGGGCUGCCCCAGGUGGGGGUCCGCCUGGUCCUCCUCCUAAUAUGACCAGUAAUAGACGACUCCAGCAAACCCAGGCACAAGUGGAGGAGGUGGUGGACAUCAUGCGUGUGAAUGUGGACAAGGUCCUGGAAAGGGACCAGAAGCUGUCGGAGUUGGAUGACCGAGCUGACGCCUUGCAGGCAGGAGCAUCACAGUUUGAGAGCAGUGCUGCCAAGCUGAAAAGGAAGUACUGGUGGAAAAACUGCAAGAUGAUGAUCAUGCUUGGAGCUAUCUGUGCCAUCAUCGUGGUAGUUAUUGUAAUCUACUUUUUUACUUGAGAAUGUGCCAUCCCUCCCUGUUCUCCAUUGCCAUCCAAGCUCAUGUCUUUUUCUCUCGGUUUGCUCUCUCAACAAGCCCCUCCAUCUGCCUUUCUCCAUUCGGCCCAGGCUUCUCCGCCAUCCACGCCUCCUUUUUCGUUGCAUACGUUUGCACUCUCUUCCUUGACACUAGAAAUGCUGCUCGUGGCACAGUCUUGAAGUCACUACCCAAAGAGCAAUGGCUGGCACCUCCUCUUUACCCAGUUUUUGUGUAUCCCAGAGCUUGAAAGAGUUGUGGCUAAGGGA